CGUUUUGGUCGGCAGCGACUUCGUCUCCCACCACUCAAGCUCUAUAUAUCGAUCUCCCCUUUCAAGUCUCAACCCGCCAUCAAUUUAUCCUCUUCUAUCCACGUUGCCGAACCCUCCGCCGGCGGGACGGCGUAAUCAAAGCUCUUAGUGGCCGCCUAAGUUUAAGGAAAUGCCGGCAAACGUUUGACUCACAAUCACGCAAUGCCGGCUCCAAUUUGAAGUAGGAUUGGUGUGGUGACAAUAGACCAAAUAGUACGUACUGGUGUUCCAUCUAGUCGGUACGGGAAAGCAAUGGGGUGUUUUUUUCCUCCAAGAUUUUCUGUUCGGAUGAGCAAGCCGGAGGUGGUGGCGCCGAAGACUGAGACCCCGCGGGAGAAGAAGCCACUGUCGGACAUCGACGACCAGGCCAGCCUCCGGUACCAAUUGCCAAUGCUCUGGUUUUAUGAGGCCAAGCCGUCCAUGCAGGGCGUGGACGACCCCGCCACCCUCAUGAAGGAUGGCCUGGCCAAGGCUCUAGUGUUCUACUACCCUUUGGCAGGCCGCCUCUUCGAGGAGCCCAACAAGAAGUUGAUUGUGGACUGCAAUGGGGAAGGUGUGCUCUUUGUGCGAGCGGAAGCUGAUGUAGCCUUGGCUAAGCUCGGCCGCUUCAUACAGUCGCCGUGCCCGUAUCUUAAGAAGCUUCUGUAUCAUGUGCCGGGCUCUGGCAAAAUCACUGGCACCCCUCUUCUGCUUGUUCAGGUAACACAAUUCACUUGCGGCGGAUUUGCACUUGGUGUCCGGUUGAACCACACCAUGGUGGACGGCUACGGCAUCGUCCUCUUCUUAAACGCCGUUUGUGAGUUGGCGAACGGGGCUUCGGUGCCCUCUAUUCUCCCUGUUUGGGAGAGAGAGCUCCUCCUGACAGCUGCAGGGCCAAACAGAACUGGCGCAAGCUGCAGUAGACUCUCUGGCAACCUCCAGGGCUUGUACGGGUCGGUCGCGCGUCGCAGGCGCUUCUUCAAGCCGCUCGACAUGGAGGCGUGGGGCAGCGUGAUUCUCAACUUUGAUAAGCUUGCAGCGAUGCCACGCUUCUUCUUCUUCCCAGGAAGACUUAGGCCACUCGUGCUCCAACGCUCCUUCAUCCUCGACUCGAAGGAGAUCCAGGCUCUGAAGAAUAAGGUUUUGAUGCAAGGCUACGGCCAGUGCACGACGUUCGAGGUUGUUGCUGCCUGUCUAUGGAAAUGCCGCACUGUGGCAUUGCAAUCCGACCCGUCCUUGACGGUUCGGGUUACGUUCCCCAUGGACAUUCGUGGAAGAUUCUCCACGACGGGGUUGUCGCUCCCCGGGGGCUACUACGGGAAUGCCAUUGUGAUGCUCUCCGCCUCCACCACUGCAAAGAAGUUAAGCGAGAGCCCCAUCGGUUACGCCAUCGAGCUGAUCAGAGAGGCAAAGGGCAAACUGAGCUCCGACUACGUGAACUCAGUGAUGGAUCUCAUGGCGUGCAACGGGCGGCCGAGGAUGUCUGUGAUUGGGGGGAACAUAUUGGUUUCGGACAUUUCAAGAAUCGGUCUCGAAAAACUCGACUUUGGUUGGGGAGAUGCGAUAUUCGCCGGCGUCUCCACCGCCGCCUAUGGAGCCACCUUCCUAGAGCGCUUAGAGAGUGCUACCGGCGGUUCGGAGAGGAGCAUUUUGGUGCCCAUUGCCUUGCCUCACAUUUCUAUGAUGAUUUUCAAACGCGAGUGGAAGAAGAUAAAAGCUUAAACACGGGUUUAAAUUAAAAAAUAUUUGCACUAAAUAGCAAUAAAACAUAAGUCAUUUUUCUACAUAGCACUUAAACUAUUUUAUUCUCUAGAUAGCAAUUAAUAAUGUCCAGGAGGAGCUGAGGAAUAGUUUCGAGUAAUGGCAAACAUUUACUUGAAUAAAGACUAAUGGAUAAU